AUGAAAUACACGACAUUUGGUAUCAUAUCUUUGUUCCUAAGCGUAACAUGGGCAUUGCGUUUCGAACUAGCCGCGUCCUUCGAGCCUAAGCCGUUCUGCAUCCGGGACUUCGUUGAGGCAGGCAACCAGGUAGUCAUCACCAUGGAGUCGGAUGGCAGAGUUGGCGACGGGCAAGUUCUCAGCUUCUACGUGAUCGACUCGAUGGGCAACGAGCACCGCAGAAAGAAGAACUUUGCUGAGAAGCUCAACGUGGCAUUCACCGCGCCCUCGUCGGCCGUAUUCGACGUAUGCUUCGAAAACAAAGCCGAGGCUGCUGGCCGCUCGUUGAUGCGCAACGUCGAGGUGAACAUCGAAUCCGGAUCCGCCGCGCGUGACUGGGACAAGAUCCGCUCUGCCGAGAAGCUGAGGCCGGCCGAGGUCCAGCUGCGCCAGGUCGAGGAAAUGUCUGACGAGAUCGUCGAGCGGCUCAACUACCUCAAGCUCCGUGAAGAGCGCCUGAGAGACACCAACGAGUCGACCAACCGCCGCGUGCGCAACUUUUCCAUGGCUGUGAUAGUGGUGUUUGCCGCGCUCUGCGCAUGGCAGUUGAACUACUUGAAGAACUACUUCCGCGCCAAGCACAUCAUCUAA